CCGCCCGCGGAGCCUUCGGCUUCUAGUGUCGGCGCGCAGCUCCGCUUUCUCACUGAGAACAUGGCGGCGCCUUCGAGCGGCGAGAAGGAGAAGGAGCGCUCUGGAGGCGGCGCGACGGCGGCGGCAGCGGGCGGAAACAGCACACGAGAACGACUGCUGUCUGCGCUGGAGGAUCUAGAGGUGUUGUCGAGGGAGCUUAUUGAAAUGCUGGCAAUUUCAAGAAAUCAAAAAUUGUUACAGUCUGGAGAGGAAAACCAGGUACUGGAGUUGUUAAUUCACAGAGACGAAGAAUUUCAAGAACUGAUGAAAUUGGCACUUAACCAGGGGAAAAUUCAUCAUGAAAUGCAGGUUUUAGAAAAAGAAGUAGAGAAGAGAGAUAAUGAUAUUCAGCAACUACAAAAACAGCUAAAGGAAGCAGAACAAAUACUGGCAACAGCUGUUUACCAAGCAAAAGAAAAACUCAAAUCAAUAGAAAAAGCAAGGAAAGGUGCUAUCUCCUCUGAAGAAAUAAUUAAGUAUGCACAUAGGAUUAGUGCAAGUAAUGCUGUGUGUGCUCCAUUAACCUGGGUUCCAGGGGAUCCACGAAGACCAUACCCAACUGAUUUAGAGAUGAGAAGUGGAUUAUUGGGUCAAAUGAACAACCCUUCUACUAAUGGUGUGAAUGGUCAUUUGCCAGGAGAUGCACUUGCGGCAGGCAGAUUACCAGAGGUCCUUGCUCCACAGUAUCCAUGGCAGUCAAAUGACAUGGCAAUGAAUAUGCUUCCACCAAAUCAUAGUAAUGACUUUUUGUUGGAACCUCCAGGACAUAAUAAAGAAAAUGAAGACGAUGUAGAGGUUAUGUCAACAGACUCUUCAAGCAGUAGUAGUGACUCUGACUAAAACAUAAAAAGGGAUGUUUUAUGAAAUAUUAUAGGAUCUUAUUUGGACUUUCCUUUUUAAAGCCAAAAAUGACAGUUUCAGUUCUGAGCCACUGGAUGGUUAUUGAAAUGCAGAUUUUACUGUUGGAGAACAAGAUAAUAAUAUUUAGUACUGUCUUACCCUGUUCUAUUCCAGUUGUAUUGGAGUUGUACAUAGUAGUUUUGGAAAUAAAACUUGAAGGAGCUGAUCCAUGUACAUAUAUAUAUGUAAUAGUCAUAGAAGUUUCCAGGAAAAAUAAAAACAGCCUUAAAAGAAAGAUACUGGAUCACUGAGUGUGCAUCAUAGCUCAGAUUAACAAAACACUUUGAGACUGAAGGCUGUUGGCUUCUGUCACAGAAACAGAAUAGUUUCAAUCUGUACUAUUUGUAACUAUUGUAAUUUUUGUAAAUAAACCUCAUUUUUGUUAGUA